CAUCUUCUUCCGGAUCUUCUUCAACUGCCAGCCUACCAGCAACAAUCCCACAGUCCUCUGCUUCCGACAACAUCUUCGGUGCUACAGCGACUUUGCUUACUGACCAACUCUAUGACGCUGACGCUUCCGGUGAUCGCCUUGAGGACAUCCUGGGUACUGUGACCUCCAGUUCAACCGGAGAAGAAGUUGAGCU